AACGCACAGCUCUGAUUUCUGUUAUCGCUGCACGUUUUUUGUUUUCGUAAACAAUCAAACAAUAUAGACAGUCAUGUCGUCUUGGAAAAAGGCAUCCAAAAGCAACCAGAAGGUGCAUCGGGAACGCCAUCAGCCCGCGGAGCGCCAGCAUCUCGGUCUGCUCGAGAAGAAGAAGGACUACAAAAAGCGUGCUAUUGACGCACAUCGGAAGGAGAAAACGCUAAAGACGCUUCACAAGCGCGCCAUUAACAAGAAUCCCGAUGAGUUCUAUCAUCACAUGGUCAACUCGAAGCUAAGCGAGGAUGUGCAUCGUGAAAAUGAUGCCAAGGACGAGCACACGUCCGACCAGUUGGCACUCAUGCAGACCCAGGAUCUCAAGUACGUAGGGAUGAAGCUCACCGUAGAGCGACGCAAGCUGCAGCGCCUGCGUGAAACGCUCGUCGACGUCAAUGGUGCCAGCGCCGGGCACAACGAACGCUUCACCUACAACGAGAAGGGCAUAAAAGAAAAGGUGCCAACGCCAAAGACAGAGACAGCAACAGCAGAGAAUCUGGAAACGGGCGUCAGAACGCACAGGCAGCAGCUUCUGAGCGAGUUGAAGAAACGAGAACAGCGCGAACGUGAACUGAGUAUAACAAAAAGGAAGCUGGAGCUGAAGAAGGCCAUUAGUCAGCCACGCCUGCUCAAACCAAAAAAAAUCAAGGCCGGCACGAAGGACUCUGCGCCCAUUUAUAAGUUUCGUUAUGAGCGCAAAAAGUAGAAACCAAUACUCCCCUUUUUUUUUGGUUUAUUGAAAUAAAUACAUAUAUAUUUAUAUAUUUGAAUAUGUAAUUAAAAUAAAUGUGCCUGUCGAAACUGAUCUAGCUAUCUCGA